GAGGCUGCCACAAGUACGUAUCAGUGUGCAUGAGAAUGCAUGCACUGUGUAUUGUGUAGGCGUUGGCGACUAGACCAAGUGUGGUUACAUUGAAUUGUCAUUUGACGAAGUUGAAGACAAUUCACUGUUGAAAAAAUUACAUUGUACGAUCACCGAGUGCCAUCCCGGUACCACCAGGAGCCGAUUAUACUGUUAUCACUCCCCCAGCAGACGUGAGUGAUUGGUGGGACAUAUGUAGUCUAACCGGCAGUGCAUAUUUCACAAGUGUUUGUAAAAUAAUUUUCCCCUUGUCCAAGAUGAAGCUGUGAAUCACACCUCGCAAUGAUGAAUUUCGCGUGAUUAACCCAUUGUUAACGACGAAAAUGUAAAGUGUGUGUCUGAAAUGUUUAAUUACUUGGAAAAUACACUCUGUGGAGGAUCUCGAUACAACAAAUUGCCAAAAGACGUCUCAGGUGUGCUCAAUUUCUUACAACGGCUGUCAAUAAUUCAAUAAUUGAAUUCAAUCUCAACUGUCGACCCGAGAGGCAACUCAUAAAGGUUUGAUAAGGCCUUGACUGUUGAAUGUCAUUCCUUUGAAUGUUAUUUGAAUGAUAUUUUAUCAUUUUAUCGUCCAUUACUUCAGCUGGACUGUGAUACACUGCGUAAAAAGACUUCAGGCAUGUCCAACAAUCAGCUCGUUGAUUCGUGUCUGCUUGUGAAUCGGAGGGUUGAGCAGCGUCAGGAGCACAAUGUAACACGAAUCGAAAUUAAGAAGAGUGGCCCAACGGAAACGGAUUACCACAGCAGCAAUGGACAAGCGGAAACCCACUCUGUCCACUCGUCUCAGUUGUCCGUUCAGGAUGAUCCACUUCUGCGAGGGCACAAUCAACAGACAUCUCAGCAAAUAACCUCAGUAACCAAAGUAAUCCGUGAGGUUUCCCACAUAGAGCCCGAGGCUGGGGCAGUUAAUUACAUCCCAGUACCGCUAAUGUCUCAAGAGUAUCCCCAUGGGGAUCCGUGCUAUGCAGCAGAUCCCUACAUGGUUAAUUUCGAUCACUACGAUCCUUACGUUGGAUAUGCUACCCAGGCUGAGUAUCCAGCUCCUCAUGCUGCUUAUGCACAGGACUCACACUCACCGCACAGUCCACAUAGUCCCUCGGAUCACAGUCGUACGACACCACCACAUGAAUAUCUUCGCAAAGGUCCUCAAUACGUCGAAGGUGGUUACAACGACAUGGAGUCUGUGCUGAAUCCAGCCCUCCAGGACCACUACAGAAUAACCCCGAGCCCAGGAGGCCCGGGUGACCAAUACGAUGAAAGUAAAGUGGCCUACGGUUACGUAUCCCCAUCGCCGUAUGGCCCAGUGGCCUACGGUGCCACCAUAGGUGUUCCCCCAGUGGCACUAUCAAGUGAGGGUCCAUCUUACGAUGAUUCCCACCAGGUUCAGCUGCCAGUGAGUCUCGCUCCAGGAAUGUUCGAAGACGAUUUGCAUCUGCAACGACUCCAGACACGGCACUCAGUGCCAGGAAUGGCGAGUCCCCUCGGUGAUGAUCCAAAAUCCAUGCGCUGGCGAGAUCCAAAUUUGUCUGAAGUCAUUGGUUUCUUGAGCAAUCCAAAUAACAUAAUAAAAGCCAAUGCAGCCGCUUAUCUCCAGCAUCUCUGCUACAUGGACGAUCCUAACAAGCAGAAGACAAGGUCAUUGGGGGGUAUUCCACCGCUUGUACAGCUGCUGGAGAACGAGAGCCCGGAUGUGUACAGAAAUGCCUGCGGUGCAUUGAGAAAUUUGUCCUACGGACGUCAGAAUGACGAGAACAAACGGGCUAUUAAAAAUGCCGGCGGUGUAGCAGCAUUAAUUAGCCUACUGCGACGUACAUCAGAUGCUGAUGUCAAGGAAUUGGUAACUGGAGUCCUUUGGAAUUUAUCAUCCUGCGAGGAUUUGAAAAAAGCUAUCAUCGAUGAUGGUGUUACACUUGUUGUUAAUAAUAUCAUAAUACCGCACAGUGGCUGGGAUCCAAGUGCUUCCAAUGGUGAAACAUGCUGGUCAACUGUAUUCAGAAAUGCCUCUGGUGUACUUAGGAAUGUGUCGAGUGCUGGGGAGUAUGCGAGAAAAAAAUUGAGGGAGUGCGAGGGGCUUGUUGAUGCACUUCUCUACGUUGUUAGAUCUGCUAUUGAAAAAUCCAAUAUUGGAAAUAAAAUUGUGGAGAAUUGUGUGUGCAUUCUCAGAAAUCUGAGCUAUCGCUGUCAGGAAGUUGAGGAUCCCAAUUAUGAUAAACAUCCUAUACAGACAAUCGUGCAGAAUCGAAUUGCUGCACCUGUCAAAGGGGAGAAUUUGGGCUGCUUUGGUGGUAGUAAGCGAAGGAAAGACGGCCAGCCAGCACAGAAGGAAGUCACAACAUCAAAGACGGUAACAACAACAAGAACCGAACCCGUCAAAGGAAUGGAGCUGUUGUGGCAACCCGACGUUGUACAGUGUUACUUAAGUCUUCUUCAAACUUGCUCGAAUCCCGAAACCCUGGAGGCUGCUGCUGGUGCACUCCAGAAUCUCGCUGCGUGCUAUUGGCAACCGAGCAUUGAGAUACGUGCAGCUGUCCGUAAGGAAAAGUGCCUACCAAUACUGGUUGAACUACUACGUAUGGAGGUCGAUCGUGUUGUAUGUGCAGUGGCAACCGCCCUGAGGAAUCUUGCUAUCGAUCAGCGAAACAAGGAGCUCAUCGGAAAAUACGCUAUGAGAGAUUUAAUUCAGAAAUUACCAUCUGGUAAUAAUCAACAUGAUCAGGGUACUAGUGACGACACAAUUGCUGCUGUUCUUGCAACUUUAAAUGAAGUUAUCAAGAAGAAUGCGGAAUUCUCGAGAUCUGUGCUGGAUGCGGGUGGGGUCGAGAGGCUCAUGAAUAUUACGAAACAGAGGCAGAAGUAUACUGCUCGUGUUCUCAAAUUUGCCGGACAAGUAUUAUUCACAAUGUGGCAGCAUGCGGAGCUACGUGAGGUUUAUAAGAAGCACGGGUGGAAGGAGGCUGAUUUUGUUACGAAAACGGUUGCUGCGCGCAACAGUUCCGGCCUCAAUUCACCAAAUAAUGCAAACAGUUAUGAUUUCAGCACAUUGAAUAGGCCCAUGGCAAGCCAGGGUAGCACCCGAUAUGAAGACCGGACUAUGCAAAGAUCGAACAUGAAUUCAAAUAAUAUCGGACGGUCUAACGUUUAUCAAUCCGUAAGUCACGUUUAGAAGAAAAACAAAAAUUAAUUUUUUAUUCUCCCAUUUUCUGCCUUUCUAAUCUCUGAUCGAAUCCAUAUAUUUUAUCAUUUUGUUACAUCGUCAACUCAAAUUUGUUCAAUUUUAUUUCACUGGGGGUGGGUUAUCCCCCAGGCUAAAAAGCAUUUUUCCUAUCAGUCUAAUUCUAAAAUGCAUGCGACAGUCAAUGAUAUUUGAAGACAAGAAACAAUUAUGUGGUGGGAGAUAUGCAGUAUCCAAAAUGAGGUGAAUGCGGUAUCUUUGGUUGGGGGGAACUGCAUAUAGCCCACGAAUUCUGUGAUUUAACCCUUAACUACAUCCAACGAGCUUCUUGCACAAUAUAAGAAUCAAUUAAACGAAUUAUCAUGAAUUUUUCACUUCCUUAUGAGCGAAUGGUGAAUUUAUUUUCCAGUAGUUAAGGGUAAACUCGCCGGAGAUCUGUUUUAUUAAAGAAAAAUCUAGACGAGAACCUAGUGGAAUGUUGAAUUACCUCUGAAAAUGUUUUAUUUCUUUCCUUUCAUUCUUUUAUAUUUCAAAAAAUGACCAAUUUCUUUAUAGUUAAUUUAAUUACGUUGGAAUGUGUUUUCAGGGUUAAUCAAUUUUUCAAGAAUAAAGUUAAGAAAAACAAAAACGCUCAGUGGUACUACAUAUACAAGACUCCCUGUAAUUUAAAGUAUAAAAACGAAAAAAAAAAAAAAAUAACAGAAUCAUGCCCAUGAAGAGUCUUCUUCACCUUGCAUCGAUAAGCUAAGGAAAGUGAAAUUAAUAAUCAUAAAUGAAACAAAACGGCGUAACUAAUUUACACAAGUGAGCAUUAAAGGAGCUGAAGACGAUGAAAGGAAUCUAACACUGUGGUUCAUUUUCUAUAAUAAUUUUUAUUCAUUAUUUUAUUUACACGAACUAUUAUGUGGGUAGGAUCUAGUGAUACAACAAUGAAAAGAGAAAAAUCAUCUUCCGCAAAACUUCACGUCAACAGUUCCUAAGUAAUAGGUACUAAUAAUAAUCCAUCUAGAGUUAAAUUUUAACAAAAAAAAGUAAUUCAUUAUUUUACGUUAACGAUGAAAUAACGUAGGAAAAAUCAUCUUUAUAACUGGAACUAAAAUUUGAUAUGCAGCUCUUCGAAACUAUACAAAUUGCAUAAUUUUUAUUCAAGUAUUUCUCACUAAUGGACUAAAAAAAAAAUUAUUUGCGACUUCACCCUUCCAUCGCGAGGUUCUCCUCCACAAUGCCCUGUCGUUCGUCCCCGCUCCGAUCCACGAGAGGGAAAACACCAAUAAUAGGGGGAAAUAAAAAUGAUUCGUGCACGCGUGGAGACAGCGAUGGAGGGGGAAUUUUUGUCAUUGAAUUACAAAAAAAAAACAAGGCAGUUGCAUGACUCAUAAAUAUACACGUACAUGUAUAUAUAAAUCUAUGUAUAUAUAAUAAUUCGCAGCAAUAUUAAAUCAUUGAUAAAUAAAUAACACCUACUACAACUCUUUAUAUGUCUAACGCAAGAUGAGCAAAUGGAAAAAAUGAGGGAAAUGUGUUCUACAUGCGUUUUAUACACAUUUGUCAUAAUUAAAACUAAACGAACAAAAAAAAAUGAAUACAUAUUGUAGUAGACACCAUUUAGGAGGAAAGAUGAAAGACUCGCAUGCAUAAUAAUUCUCAUACUUUCUUUUAUAUUAAGUGUGUACUUUAUCGAGAAAGUAGGGAGUAUGAAAAAUAUAACGAAACAAUUAAAGUAAUAAUAAAAGAAUAACAGACGUUUUUUUAAUCUCUC